AUGGCACCAACAACCUUCAUCACAAGCCUCCUGGCCCUCACAACAGCAACAACCAUCCUCGCCUCCCCCGUCCCCCACCCAACAUCCAACUUCGAAUACGUCGGCUGCGUCGCAGGGUCCCCCUCCAGCUUUCCCAAGCACAUGCCCUUCGAACCCCCCUUUUCAGCCGAAGCCUGUCUUGAAGCUUGCAUCGGACAAGCGCACCUCGUCGCCAUUGGGGGUGGUUGCUACUGCGAUGAUCCUGAGGAUGCGACGCCCGUGAGCUUUGAGCUUGUGGAUGAAGCGAGGUGCUCGACUGUUUGUGUUCCUGGGGAUGACGCCAGUGGAAAGUGUGGAGGCGAUGGUGUGUUUAGCUUGUGGCAGCUUCCGGGAACUGAAAAGGCGGAUUGCAAGAAGGCUGAGGUCAAGGUCGUUGUCGAGUGUCCUCCUGAAGUCGUUGACUGUCCUGGAAGAGCCGCUGCUGCACCUGUUGCUGCACCUGAGGAGACUAUCCCGCCUGUUAUUCCCACUGCUGCUUGUCCCCCUGAGGGAUGCGGUGAACCUAUCCCUCCCACUCCUGUGGCUCAGGCACAGCAGGCUGCUGCCAAUCCUUGUCCUCCUGGAGGAUGCGGUGAGCCUGUGCUACCACCUACUCCUGCUGUCCAGAAGCAAGCCGCUGCUAACGCUUGCCCUCCUGAGGGGUGCCCUCCCGCGACUCCCGUCCCAGCUCCCAUCCCGGCUCCUGUCCCGGCUCCUGCUGCGACACCUGCUCCUGCGAGCAACUCGACUCCCAAUGGCUGCCCCCCUGAAGGAUGUGUGCCGCCUCCUGCUUCGGAAAACCCUGCUGCUGUCUUGCCUGGCUGUGAGGGCGACAACUGCGAAGGUAGCAAUGCCAGUCCUGCGGAGAGCCAGGACGAAGCUUCUGGAAGCUCUGCUGGAAGUACUGGUGAAGAUACAGGAGCAGCUGAUGAGCAGAGCGAUGCCUCCGCCGGACAAAACGAUGCCACGGGCGAACAAAGCGUUCCAUCAGGUGAAGACAGCGGUGCAUCCGGCGAAGCCCCCGCUCUUGUGAGCGAGAGUCCCAGACUGUACAGCUCUGGUGUCCUCUCAUCCAUCGUGGCCAUCAUCUUUGGCUUGUACCUGAUGUGA